CGACCCCUCGGGACGGCCCUGCUUAGGCUGCGCGGCUGCUCCUCCCGGCCUCAGCGGGGAAUAGAACCGUGCCCGGGAGCUCGGCUGCGGUUACCGUGUUUUUAAAGUGAAAACARCGCAAGCUUUAUUAAUAAAUCACCCCCGCGGCUCAGCUACCCCGCUGCUUGACCCCCACAGCAGAGCCCGAAAGGGUGAGGUCAUAGCCGGCUCUGCUAGUGAACAAAGUGAAACAAAAUGUUAAUAUCACAGCUGAGUUCCCAGUUACUGAAGGCCUCGAGAAUUGCAGGCCACCUCCUGCCCAGGUCGGUGUCCUCGUUCCUCUGCUGCCGCUCUCUGUCCGCACGCUACAGCACUCAGCCCCCCAGCACGAGCGGGGCCCAGCCCCAGCAGUGGCACACGCUGGACCCUGAGCUGGAGGAGAUCCUGAUUCCCAGGAAACUCUCCAUCAGCCCCUUGGAGAGCUGGCUGACCGUCAGGUACUCCCUGCCCAAAGCUGAGGAUGAUCGGGAUGAAGCAAAGCACGAAACCCCGCAGCGAUCCGAGUGUCCCCCGCCCGCCCCCACAGGGGAUGUGGGUGAAGGAGAAGGAGUCCUGAACAACAAAGUGCAGUGCAGGAAUGUGCUGAAGAUCCGCAGGAGGAAAAUGAACAGGCACAAGUACAAGAAGCUGCUCAAGAGGAGGAAGUUCAUCCGCAGGAGGGUGAAGGAGGGGCGCAAGAGGAAGCGGCAGAUAAAAUUUGAGAAAGAUUUGGAACGCAUCUGGAAAAGAGCUGGCUUGAGAAGUGCUCCUGCAGGGUGGCAAACCCCCAAGAUCUACCUGAGGAGCUCCAAGCGAUAAAAAAAACCACCUGUCACAAAUUUUAAAUCUGCAGUUGUAAUUAAAAAAGAUAUUUAAAUAUGUUGAUGACAUUUAAACUUUUUCUGAUUGUGAUGAAAAUAGCAGGAGUUUUCCAAGGAUGAACUGGCAGCAGUUUCUUCCCCAAAGGAGAGAUUUGAGCUCUUUUUUGGUGCUUUGGCCCUGCUGUCCUGUGCUCACAGCAGAGCUGUUUUGGGCUCCAGCUCAAUUUCUUUAWUUUGAGGCUGAGCCUAAGAACAAAUCAGGUGUGGGAGAUGGGAUCAGUGAAAGAAUUCUCCUCAUUGUACAUAUCCACRAGCCUUUGGAAAAGCUCUUUUCUAAAUUGCAUUCUUUAUAACCUUACUGCACAAAAGCUGGGGUUUUCCUAAGGGUUUUGCUGGGAUGGGAAUUGGAUCAGAAUUUCAUGGAAUGGACCUGCAAGAGCUUUUAUUGUCUUUUUUCUGGAGCUUUGGUGUGCACGUGCCUGAGGCAUUGCAUGAACAYCCUUAAAGGCACGUUUAGUUUUGUGUUCUAUUUUGUGCUAAAAAAAAAAAAAAAUGUUUUCUUUGGUCUUUGAUUGGCCCUUGUCAUGUAGAACAUCCAGAUAUUGGUAAAAGUAGUAGUUCAGAGUUAAUUAUUCAUUAACUACACAAACUUUUGUGCCUGGGGCAGCCCUGAUACAAUCAGMUGGUUUUGCAUGGUUGAAGAGAGUGCUGAAAGCUGUGACAAAUACAGGUAUUUAAAAUAAACUCUGACAGAGGAUUUUUUUUUUUUUUUAUCUGGGUUCUGGUUUGGGUUCUGCUUUUCUUUUUGGGGUUUGAGGCAGGUCUGGGUGGUUUGGUGUGAUUGAGCUUUUGUAUUUUUGAAAGAGAUGGGGUGGACUGAGAGGAAAAGAAUGAGGAAUGGAGGGAAACUCCCCAAAAAUGCAUUCCCUUCUUUCUGCUAGGAGAGAAUAAACCGAGAGGGAAGAAAAUAAAAAAA